AUGAAGAAGACGCUGCUGCUGUGCUUUAUCCACGGCUUCAAGGGCGGCGAAUCAACCUUUGGAGACGACUACGAGUUCACCAAGCACCUACGCGACAUUGUUGCGCAGAAGCUGCCCAAGGUCGACGUGCGGGUGUUGGUGUACCCCAAGUAUGAGACGAGAGGGGAUCUGGGGGAGUGCGUGAGCCGAUUCCGCGACUGGCUGGAGGACAAGGUCAUAGACAUGGAGGUAGCGUCGGGCACGGCGUCGCCCACAGUCGACCCUUCGGUCCGGACCAUCCUCGUCGGCCACUCCAUGGGCGGUAUAGUCGCCGCCGAGCUCCUCAUCGCGCUGGCGUCGGAAAAGCCCAUCUACUCGGAGGACGGGAUCCGCAAGUCCGACGACGACGAAGGGCGGCCCGCCUUCAACGCCCUCAUGUUCCCCUACGUCCAGGGCGUGCUGGCCUUUGACACGCCGUACCUCGGGAUAUCGCCGGGCGUGGUCGCCCACGGCGCCGAGAGCCACUACGGGACGGCGGCGUCGACAAUCUCCCAGAUGGGCGGCCUGCGGACGGCGCUCUGGGGCGCGGGAAACACCACCGCCAAGGCACCGGCCGCGCCGCCGAGCGCGUGGCAGAAAUGGGGCAAGGUGGCCAUGUACGCGGGCGCGGCGGGCGCCGUGGCCGCCGGCGGAGCUGCGGCCUGGAUGAACAGGGACCAGAUCGCCGAGAGCUGGACGUGGGCGUCGUCUCACCUCGAGUUUGUGGGCUGUCUCGCGAGGGCCGAGGAGCUGAAGAAGCGCGUGGCCUUCGUGGUGCGGCUUCACGAGGAGUUGGGCGUGGGAUAUGCCAACCUGUACACGAGGUUGGGCAAGGGGGCGUCUUCCAAGAAGAUCAGCAUGGCUGGGACCGUCCUGGGCAAGGACAGGACGUUUUGCAACUUGCCCAAGACGAUGAAUGCGGGAGACUGGAUGGAGGCAGUCAACGAUAAAGCGGGAGAUGAGACGGUGGCACAUAUGACCAUGUUUGAACCAAAGGAGAACCCUGGGUAUGAAAAGUUAUCCCAUGACGCGGCUGGCUUGAUUGCUCAGUGGUCACGGAACGAUUGGUAUGAUAAGUCGACAGAGACAACAACAGCAGAGAAGGUGGAAAGUGUAGAGGUGGACGAGAAGGGGAAAGGAGUAGAAAAAGAAGAAGAAAAAGAGAAUACGGAGAAAAUCGCACCAAGCUCAUAG